UUCGAAUCCAAACGUCUCCUUAUUGCGUGAAGAACAAAGGUUAUCCACUCAGAUGGGUAUGACUUCUGAGAAGGUCUUUUCUGAGGCUGUGAAUGUAGCCUAUGCAGCACAAGGGAGAGGAAAGAAUAAGUUACAGUGUUUCAGCUGCAAGGAGUUUGGUCAUAUUGCUCGCAACUGUUCGAAGAAAGUUUGUAACUACUGCAAGAAAGAGGGUCAUAUCAUCAAAGACUGUCGGGUGCGGCCUCAGAAUCGCCAAUCCCACGCCUUUCAAGCUGCUGUUCAGUCCUCAUCUUCUUCUGCACCCUCCACUGUAAGCUCUGAUUCAUCCGUUCUCACACCUGCUAUGGUCCAACAGAUGAUUCUGUCUGCUUUUACGGCUUUAGGCCUGCAAGGAUCAGGUGUCGGGGAUGGUGAUCGCGAAGGGGCCUAAAGUGGGACGUCUAUUUCCUUUACAGUUUUCUAUUCCUAAUGUUGUUUCCUUUGCUUGUACGGCUACUGCCAAUAAUAAUGAAGUCUGGCAUAAGAAAUUAGGUCAUCCUAAUUCUGUUGUCUUGACUUAUCUUUUGAAACAUGAUUUUUUGGGCAAUAAAGAUUCAUUUUCUUCUUCUUCUGUAUCUUUUGAUUGUGCUACUUGUCGUCUUGGUAAAAAUAAAACUUUACCCUUUCCUGCGCAUGGUAGUC